AUGGCAAUUGGAUCCACACUACAUGUUAGUGGCUUUCCACGAGGAGUGAGAACCAGAGAUCUUGCUCCAGACUUCGAAAGCGUUGGCAGGGUUGUAAGAAUAGAAAUGCCUCCGGCAAGAUCAGAAUUUGGCAGACCAUACGCUUUCGUGGAAUACGAAACCCCAGAAGAAGCGCAGGAUGCAAUUCAUCAGUUAAACCAAAGGCCAUUGUCGUUUGACCCACAAGCUAUAAUUACAGUUCAAGUAGCUCGCUCAGAGGCUCGUCCGUCACGGUUUUCAAGGACAUCAGAUCGUGAAAACAGAUAUGGGGAGUCCUUCAGGGGAGAGUCUCGUCGUCUGCCGAACGAGUAUCCAAGAGGACCCAAAAGUUUCGGACAGGACGAAGAAAGAGAUGAUCAGUAUGAGCCUGAAGAAAAUUACAGAGAACGACCAUCGCGCGACGAUUUUCGUCGUCGAAGACCUGGUGCGGAUGAAAUGCACUACGGUAAUACCAGAGGCUCCUAUGGCAGCUACGGCGGCGGCGGCGGCCAUCGUGGACCGAGAAGCAGCUAUCAAAGGCCAGAAUACGCUAUGCUCAAACGCGAGCUGUCGCCUGCAAGAGUACGUGCAGCUGAUGGACCUGCUCCAUACCAAGACGUUUUGCACAAUAAUGCAGCGGCCUUGAAAAAACCUAGGUACGAGGGUGCUUCUGAGAAGCGGACGGUGCAAGAACAAAGCCGUUCCAAUCUUGACGUUGACAUGUAUGGAGAUGAAAAAUCACACUCGGAAAAUGCCCAAAAAGCGGAGGCACCGGCUAGCGAGAAUUCAACAGGCUUACCACCCCCUCCGGCGCCAACAGACUUGCCCAAGCCACAAGAUUCUGUUGCAGAAACCGCUAUGGGCUCUACAGCAUCUAGCGCAAAUCAGGAAGCGACUUCCAGUGGUUCUGGCGAAACACCAGCAAACGACUCCACCGAAAAUUCAAAACCUUUGUUGCACCAAACACCAGCAACUGAAAUCACCGAGAAUUCAAACUCUGUGUCGGACCAAGCACCCACAAAUGACACCAUCAAGAACUAA